AUGCUGGGCCCCCGGUCCUCCACCAUGGCGGCCCCCCGGUCCCCCCGGUCCCCCCGGUCCUCAGUCUUCACCUUGGAGUCCGCGGGCCACCCCUCCCACGUGCUGCGCGGCCUGGACGAGCAGCGCCGCCGGGACGCGCUCUGCGACGUGACCGUGGCCGUGGAGGGCCGCGCGUUCCGCGCGCACCGCGCCGUGCUGGCCGCCUGCAGCGCCUACUUCGCCCAGAGGAUCCCCCCCCUGACGCAGCAGCCGGGGGCCGUCAUCAGCCUGCCGCCGGAGGUGACGGCCGCCGGCUUCGAGCCGCUGCUGAGUUUCUGCUACACGUCCAAACUCCACCUGGACCGAGACAACGUCCUGGAGGUUCGGGCCGCGGCGUCGGUGCUGGGCGUCCCGGACCUGGACGAGGCGUGUUUCCACUUCCUGCUCCCCAAGUUCCUGUCCCCCGGCGAGGGGGGGCCCCCGUCCGGGAGGAAGACCUGCUGCCAGAGUGGAUGCCGCCGGCGGCCGUUGAAGGAGAGCUGCGGUGGACCGGCCGCCGACCCGGCGCCGCGGCAGGAAGUGCCCCUGGACCCCCACCGACCGGUCAACGGAGCCGCAGAGCCGACUCCUGCACCUGCGGAGGUACCUGGGGGGACCGACCCGCGAUUCCUGCAGUGUCCCAAGUACCGCAAGUUCCAGCUGGCUUGUGGGAAGGAGACCCCGGCCCCCCCCUGUUCCCCGGGCCCCGGAUCUGUAGCCUCGUCUGGACCUUCAGCCUCCGUCACGUUCCCUGACGCUGACGCAGCGGAGACAGGAGCUUCGGACCGAACCGGACUCUGUAAUGAUCUGGGAGUCCGAGACCCCCAGGUGAAGCAGGAUCCUCUACCUCUUGGGGUCCUAGACCCCCAGGCGGUGCAGGAUCCUCCAGGGGUCCUAGACGGGGACCCUGCGGUCCACCGGUCCCUGCAGCACGAGGCCCUCAACAUUGACCUGACAGGAGACCCCGGUCCAGGAGAGUCGGGGUCCCCCCAUCAGGGAGGAGAUGAGGGGCCAGGGAACGAGAUCAGCGCCCAGGAUAGAGGAAAAGGAGAACCAACGGGGAGCAGGGGGGGCCUGGGGCCGGACGAGGGCCCCUCUUACCUCAGCACCCGGGACCCCGGGGACCCCGGGGGGCUCCGUACGGCCGUGGGCGGGGCCGGAUGUCUAGACUGGCACAAGAUCCACCAGAACCUGGGCUUCUCCUCCGGGGCCCGCUGCCCCUUCUUCAGGGACCUGGACUGCCCGUGGAGGGGGGCCCCCGUGGGCGAGGGGGCCCUUGAGGGCGAGGGGGCCCCCGAGGGCGAGGGGGGCCCCCAGUCGGGGGUGUCGUCCCUGAACUCGGGCGAGGACGGGGACUCGGGGACGGACACCGAGGGGGACAGCGAGUCCUCGGCCCGGGAGCGAGCCAGGCAGGUCCGGUUGCCGUUUCCCGUGGACUGGAUUGUGACUCUGAGCCGGAACGACUUCCAGACGCUGCUGAAGCAACACGACUUCACUCAAGAGCAGCUCGAUUUUGUCCACGAUAUGAGACGACGCAGCAAAAACCGGCUGGCGGCGCGGCGCUGCCGCAAGAGGAAGCUGGACUGCAUCUACAACCUGCAGUGUGAAAUCAACAAGCUGAAGACGGAGAGGGAGACGCUGAUGCUGGAGCGCCGGCAGCUGGGCCAGCUGAAGCUGAAGACCUGCCACAGCGUCACCACCUUGUGUCAGAGGGUCUGCAGCGAAGCCCAGCUGCAGCCGGAGCAGCUGCAGGUGCUGGCCCGGUACAGCUCCACGGACUGCCCCCUGUCCUCCCUGCUGCCCCGCGGAGACGCCCCCCCCGUCCCAGCACAGACUCCAGGCGUCCCCCCUGGAUCGUACCGGGGGUCUUGAUCAGUGUGCGGCAUCUGAGGACACGUCUCCAGCCAGCGGACGCCCCUCACCUUAGAUGCCAGAGGCCGUUAGAGUACCGUAUAUUCCACACCAUAAGGCGCCUCCUAUAGAGGGAAUCAUAUCACUACCUAUAGAGGGAAUGCGCAAGACGUCACAGAUGCGACUUCACAGCGGGUUUCGCCCACUGAGUGUCAGAAAGACUGAGUGUCAGAAAGACUGAG